AUGAAGAAGAAGAGUGGUGGAUUGUGGGUGGAGAAGAAGGUUCGAGAUAAUGCUCCAAUCGACAUUGUCAACAACAUGCACUCCACCUUUGUGCAAGAUGAGGUUGUUCGAGAUCGAGUCUGGUUCGGCGGAGAUGGCCCGGUGCAGGUGCGUCAACGAUGGGAUGAUCGAGAGCCAGGAGAAGGCCUGUAG